GCCUGAAUGUGUCGCUAUUCAGGCAGGAGUCAGCGCGACCCUGGCCGCUGCCCUGUGUUCGCCCUCCGAACCACCAAGAGGCACUGCCCAUAUCGAAGACUGGUUGGGCAUCUCUCGCUCCCGGACUACUUCCUUGCUGUUGGUUCUUGGAGUUGUCGGAAGCACUGUGAUUCUCACUGGCCUGAGGAAAAUGAGCUUAGAGAAGAAAGAGCGCAUCACCUUACAGGACCCUGAAGCCAAGUACCCCCUGCCCUUGAUUGAAAAGGAGCAAAUCAACCAUAACACUCGACGGUUCCGCUUUGGAUUGCCCUCACCGGACCAUGUCUUGGGGCUCCCUGUAGGUAACUAUGUCCAUCUCUUGGCCCAAAUUAACAAUGAAUUGGUAAUUAGGGCUUACACUCCUGUCUCUAGUGACGAUGAUCAAGGCUUUGUGGACUUCAUUAUAAAGAUAUACUUCAAAAAUGUACACCCCAAGCAUCUUGAAGGGGGAAAGAUGACUCAGUACUUAGAGAACAUGAAAAUUGGGGACACCAUCCUUAUUCGAGGGCCAACAGGGCGCCUGUUCUACCACAAGCCAGGUUACCUUACAGUCAAAACAGACAAAAAGAGUGAGCCUGAAGGAAAACAGGUUCAUCACCUGGGGAUGAUUGCUGGGGGCACAGGCAUCACACCCAUGCUGCAGCUCCUUCGCCACAUCACCAAGAACAGCAGUGAUGGAACCAAGAUGUCCCUCCUCUUUGCCAACCAGACGGAAGAGGAUAUCUUGCUGAGAAAGGAGCUGGAAGAAACCGCCACGACUCACCCUGACCAGUUCAACCUGUGGUAUACCCUGGACAGGCCUCCCGAUGGCUGGAAGUACAGCUCGGGGUUUGUCACUGCUGACAUGAUCAAGGAGCACCUCCCUGCCCCUGGGGAGGCCACACUCAUCCUGGUGUGUGGUCCACCACGUAUGAUCCAGGAGAUGGCUCACCCUAGCCUGGAACAGCUUGGCUAUACCAAGGACAUGAUUUUUACCUAUUAACACCCCCUAUAAUCCUUGGCGGGUCCCUCUCCUGUUUCAGAGUGAGUUUGACUUUACCCUGUUCACUGUUCACCUACAGUAUCUGUAAAGUGACUUUCCAUGUACCCUUGGGCACGGUGCUGGUCUCUUGGG